UUUGCUGAAAUGGCAUGGAGUCCCUAAUGUAAAAAUGAAAAUGAAUAGUUGCCUUAAAUGUUCAACAUUUUGUCAAAUUGUACUUUACUCCAUAGAGUGAAACAAUCAAAUGUAUAUAUUGUUUAUGUCUUUUCGAAGAAUAGAAUUGUGCACUGCAUACGACGAAAAAAUAUUUGUCCAAUUUCUAACUUUAGUGGCGACUGCGAUCCUCUCCGACCCUAUAGAUGGCGCUGAUGGGACUUUUACCCUCAAAUUGCUUUGGGACAGACUAAACAGUGGUGUCGGCUGGCCGUAUACUACAGACGGACACGUUUAUUAACAGCAUUAUAUGAGAUGAAUACUGGCUCUGCUUUUCAUGGAGUGACAGAUUUCUGUCCAGAAUGUGGCACAGUUCUUCCUUUACCCAGCUUUGAGAAUGUUGUUAAAUGUCCAAGAUGUCAGUUCUCCAUUGACGUGCGAGAGUUUGAGUCAUUCACUGUCAAGUCUUCAUUCACAUUUAACAGCCUAGAAGCUUCAUCUGUAUCUGCAGAAAUAGUUGGUGGGGAAGAACUGAAGGGCCCUGUUACUGACAGAAAGUGUGCAAGAUGUGGAAAUGAGGGAAUGGUAUACCAUACCCGACAAAUGAGGUCUGCUGAUGAAGGUCAAACAGUUUUCUUCACCUGUACUCGCUGCAGAUAUCAGGAAAAAGAAGAUUCAUGAUGCUUCACUCUUACCAAACUCUUCAUCCUUCACACACUUGUGUCAAUAUAAGCGUUCUUAUGAAACAGCUUUUUAGGAUUAUAAAAGGUUAAAAGUACAUUUUAAAAGUUAUAUUGUAUAAUUUACCCAUAUUUCCUGAAUAUAAAAAUGACUUGUUUGGGUUUUUUUUUUUUCAUUUAAAUCAGAAUAUUCUUUUAUUUCACAUUUAAAACAUGUACAGAAUGUAUAGUAAACUUUCUCAACAAAGUAGUCAAAGCUGAUGAUGUAGCUAUGUUCAUGAAUACCUGCAAUUUCCCUAAAUAAAAUCCAAGAAAUACUGGUUGGGUUCAUAGAGAUUUAUCAUUUUGCCACAUUUUGAAAGAAAUGUUAGGAAAUAAUUCAGGACAGGAAUAAACAUGUUUCUUAAAUACAUGCAUAUCAACUGAAUUAUCUUGUGGAAAAUUAUCCUUUUCCCAUUACAUGCACUUGCCUUCAGAAUAUAAAGCUGCAGUACAUUUAAAUUUCAGCUCAUCCACUAUGUCAGUAGUGAAUUAAAGAACUAGAAAUAACACUAAAAGGGUUGCAGAAAUGGGAUGAGGUAGUUUAGGUAUGGGAAGAGAAAAAAAAGAAUGACUGGGUGAACAAUUAGUACUGUUAAAUAAAUGGAGGAAGUUAGGCCAAAGACAAUAUGGAUACAGGUGAUGUUAGUUAUCCAGAGAAAAUGUGCCUUUUCUAAUAAAGAUAGCCAAGACCACAGAAAGUGGUGGGAAAUUAGGCAAGCCUAUACUUGA